AUGGCCUUUGUCAAAGCCCAGAAGUCGAAAGCUUACUUUAAGCGUUACCAGGUCAAAUUCAAGAGAAGGAGAGAGGGGAAGACCGACUAUCGUGCUAGGGUCCGUUUGAUCAAUCAGGACAAAAACAAGUACAACACUCCUAAGUAUCGUUUCGUUGUGCGAUUCACCAACAAGGACAUUGUCGCACAAAUUGUCUCUGCUACCAUUGCUGGUGACAUGGUUCUUGCUUCUGCUUAUGCACAUGAAUUGCCUCGUUAUGGCCUUGACCUUGGCCUAACAAACUAUGCUGCAGCCUACUGCACUGGACUUCUGUUGGCUCGUCGUGUUCUCAAGAAACUUGAAAUGGACGGAGAGUAUGAAGGAAAUGUUGAGGCUACUGGUGAGGAUUACUCUGUUGAACCAGCUGAAAGCAGAAGGCCUUUCCGUGCUCUUUUGGAUGUUGGUCUCAUCCAGACAACUACUGGCAACCGAGUUUUUGGUGCACUCAAGGGUGCAUUGGAUGGUGGACUUGACAUUCCUCAUGGUGAGAAGAGGUUUGCUGGAUUUGACAAGGACUCUAAACAGCUUGACCCUGAGACCCACCGCAAGUACAUCUAUGGUGGCCAUGUCUCCGCAUACAUGAAAGCACUGGAAGAAGAUGAGCCAGAGAGGUUCCAGUCUCACUUUAGUAGGUACCUCAAAAAGGGUCUUUCUGCUGACGAUAUUGAGGCACUGUACAAAAAAGUUCAUGCAGCCAUUCGUGCUGAUCCCAGUGAAAAGAAAUCUGAGAAGAAGCCUGCGACAGAACACAAAAGGUACAACCUUAAGAAGUUAACUUAUGAGGAAAGGAGGGCUAGGUUGAUAGAGAGGUUGAAUGCAUUGAAUGCAGCUACCAAUGAGGACCAGGAUGAUGAUGAGGAUGAUGAGUAG